AUGCCUAAAUUGCUCAAUCCAGAUGGUUCGGAAGGAUCGUUUCGAACUGGUCUUUUCCUGGAAUGCACGGCUAGUAGUGAACCUUCACAUGCCGCACCGCUGCGAGAAGCUCCUCUUCCAGGAAAAUGUCACGCCCCGGCAAGGGACAGUGGUUAUAUCAAAGCCGUAGCAGCGUUGAUGAUCAUCGCGUUAAUAUUCACCGCAAUCGCCUUCUUCCUCAACGUUUGCGGUCUAAGCAAGUCUGAUAUUCGACGGAAGUACAUCUUCUAUAAAUUCGCCACCUACUUAGCCAUUCUGGCCGUUUUGAUGGAGUUAACAGCAUUGAUUGUGUUUCCCGCUUGUUUUUACGUGAAGAUGAAGGAAUAUGGUUCAAGAAGGGAUUGGGAGGUUGACUGGUCGUAUGGUCUUGCAUGGGGAGCCACAUUGUUCACGUUCGGUGCGUCACUGUUACUGAUUUGUGACAAAGAACAUGAAGAAGUCUACUACAAGGAGAAGACGAUUUACAAUCCGCCACCAGAAUUAAUGAACUAA